AUGAGAAUACCGCACCGUGUCGUACGAGUGGCGUGUGUGCUCGCUGGUGCGCCUCUCUGGGACCUCGAUACUGGGGUCCUUGCGGAGGUGUAUAGGCGAUGCGCAGACGCACGAGCCCAGGAAGAAGGACUGACCCCCGAGGAGGUCAUGAGGUGGAGGAGAUCCGCCCAACAGAAAGUGCUGGCGCAUUGGCGAAGUCGGCUGGAGGAGCCGAGCGCGGUGGUGGGAAAUGACCUCUCGCUGCUGGCUGUGGUCAAGGCCAUGGUCGUCGACGUGGCGUCAUGGGAGGCGAUGGCCUCAUUCUACGAGGAAGUGAUGGCGCAGAAGGAGGCCACGGAGCGUAGUCUAGAGUACGAUCCAAUCUCGGCUCUGAUCCGCAGGAGGAGAACGGGACGAAGAAUGCGGAAGCGUUCCCGCGCGUUCCCGCCACAAGAUUCCAAGCUUCUCAUUGGUUAG